UUUACUCUUAGUCUGACUGAAGGAGUCUAACGGCAAACACAGACCAAACAGGAGGUGAACUUCAGUCAUUCAGAGUGCAUCAGGUGCUGCUUUGUGGCAGGUGUCAGUUGCCAUGACGAUGGUAAGCCGCAUCCUGAAGAGAAUGGGAAAUACCUCAAGGCUGACCGGUCCAAAGGAAGUCCUGAAAGAGACGAAGAGGACGAUCUACAGCAAACCUCCACGAAACCGGAUCGGAGCCGCGCAAAGUUUCUUCGUCAUGUCCGUGUUUGCUGUGGCCAUGUUGGCGCCUGCAGCCUGGAUCCUCCACCACCUGCCAGAGUACAGACAGAGAGCCCAGCAGAGUCCCAGGACCUGAACAUCACCAUCAUCAUCAUCAUCACAGCCAAGAAGUCACUCCUCAUCCUCCCUGUCCUCCUCUGCACAAACGUUCACUCAUUUAUACGUCAUUGUAAUCAAUAUCAGAUGAUCAGUCUGAUCAAUAAAUGUCUCAUUAAUUAGAAAAUCUAA